CACUACGUAAAUGACCACGCCCAUCGGAGAGACGCCCCCGGUGACGUUCUCAAAGCACUUUCCGCUCUUAGAGGCCGAAGAAGGAAAAAAAAACAUGGGUCCAGGGUUCCCGCAGCGGUCUGUGCUGAAGGUUUUUCUCAUGAUUUUUUGUCCCAGUUUGGUUUCUCCUCUGCACUUUCACAUGACAGAAAGAGAACAAAAGUGUUUUAUCGAGGAAAUCCCAGCAGACACGGUCGUUAUCGGUGGUUAUUGGACGCGGCUCUACGAUGAACCGAAGGACGAGUAUCUGCCUGCCACUCAACACCUCAACAUCUCCGUUGCAGCCAGAGCUCCUGACGACCAGCUAAUUCUGUCUCACACCAAGGGGUCCAAAGGGAAGUUUAACUUCACAUCAGUUUCCUCAGGAGAACACAAGAUCUGCCUUCAGCCAAACUUAUCACAGCCGCUGUCUGCCGGGCUCAUAGUGGUGGUUUACAUGGAUAUCCAAUCGGGUCAACGCACCAUCAACUAUACAGAGGUCCACGAACGAGACCGACUGACGGUGCUGCAGCUGAGAGUCAGACAGCUGGCUGAUCAGGUUCAACAGAUCCAGAAGGAGCUGAUCUACCAGAAGAGCAGAGAGGAAGACUUCCGCGCCACCAACCGACACAUCUACAUGUGGAUCUAUUGGUGGCCAAUCCUCCGCUUUGUCUUUGUGGUGGCCUUCUUGAUGCCCAUCACAGCCGGCUAAAAGCCUCUGGUAGACCCUGCUGUGUUCAGGGAGACAUCAGUAGACUCUGGACCUGCAGAGGAAACGCAACAUAGACCAAACUGAAAAUGAAUAAAGAUUUUUUUCCCCCUGAAACCAGCCAAAGACAUCCCGUAGUGGUGCUGCAGGACGUGGUUUACCUGGAGAAAGCCGAGAUGGAGAUGACGCCGAGCAGGAGCUCGAGGCCGUAGAAGCAGAGCAGCACAGCGCUGAGAAGGAACUCCAGCCGCAGGACGAAGGUCUGCAGCAGCAGGUAGUAGACGGCCAGCGCCGCGCAGGGAAACAGGAUGAAGAGGGACACGAAGGAAGACAGGGAGCGCUCGCAGAGGUUCCCCUUCCAGGCUGGAGGAAAAGCACCGCAGGCGGUCAGAAAGAAGGGCUAAUGUCUGUCACUGUCUGCUGCUCUGACUGAGCCGUCAUCAGAAAUCUGCUGCAGCAAACCUGCCGACACCGUAUAACAAUACGCAUCCAACUUUACCAUACUAAACACACGCAACACCCAUUCGAUGAAAUACCGAUAGUGCCAAGUCAAAAUCCGUCUGAACUGCUGCCGGUAAUUCCAGCGCCUCACUUCUUCUUACCUUCUAACAUUUUUAGGACAUUGUAUGUAAAGACUCUAUAUACAGAUGUCCUGUGAAAAAUGUGUUUACCCCUUUAUAUCCCCUAAAUGUUUCUGACCAUUGAACUAAAUAUGCCCCGAAUAAACACAAAAAUCUGUUUUCAAAUGACGAUUUUAUGAAAACCUACCUGGUCCAAUGUACAAAAAAAAAUUUGUUCUAAACCGUCUAAUUAGCUGGUUGUUCCAUUUGUGGCAGCAACGACUGCCAUCAGGUGUUUGUGAUAACUGGCAAUUAGGUUUUUACAUCACUAUGGGGCAAAUUUUUACCCACUUUGCUUUGAAGAAUUGCUUUAUUUUGGUUAUAUUGGUUGUGUUUAGUGUGAAUAACCGGUUUAGAUCAUCCUGGAACAUUUAAAUUGGAUUUAAAUCUGAUUUUGAUUAGGCCAAUCCAAAACCUGCUCUUGUUUAUUGAGACAUUCAGACGUGGACUUGUGGGUCAUUGUCCUGUUGCAGAACCUAAGUGUGCUUCAACUUAAGCUCACAGACUGAUGGCCGAAGCCUUUCAAAAACGUCCACUUCGGUCUCGUCGGUCAGUCCACAAGUCGUGAGAAUCAUCAACAUUUGUUUUGGUAAAUCUAUGAAAUAAUUUAAAAAACGCUUUUUGUAGUUACUCAGGUUAUCAUUAGCUGAUAUAU